AUGUACUCGGGAAUUCUUGCCAGUACCCUUAUCGGCGUCGCCCUGGCGGACCCAAGAUGCAAAAAUCAUCCACUCAACCCCAACUGGCCCAGUAUCGACGACUGGAACACCCUCAACCGGUCCACAAACGGGGCCUUGAUCAGGACCAACCCAGUCGAAUCUUCGUGCUUCAACAACAAUUCGGCCGUCAACUGCGACCAUGUCCAGGAGAACUGGUUCUAUUCCGACCUUCACUCUUCCCUUCCCGAGUCAAUUGGCUAUCCGUACUGGGCCAAUAGGUCAUGUGUGCCCCCAAACGACUACGCCUAUGACAAGGCGCUUGGCUGUGAAUUGGGCGGUCUGCCAGCCCAGCGAAACAUACGAAUUGUUGUCAAAGGCACCGGCCACGAUCUGAGCGGCAGAUCCAGCGGUGCCCACUCGUUGUCCAUCUGGACGUAUCACCUGCGCAACCUCGGCUUCGAUACGCACUGGACACAUCCAUUGAGUAACAAUACAGAGAAUGCCGUCAUCUUGGGCAGUGGAAGUACCUGGGGCGAGGUGCUGGCAGCCGCAGCAAAGACCGGGAGGACCGUCAUCAGUGGGCAAGACGGUACAGUCGGCCUCGGAGGCUCCAUCGGAGGCGGGGGUCAUGGUCCUCUAUCGAGCCACUACGGUCUUUCAGCAGAUCACGUUCUGCAGGCGACCGUAGUCACCACUGAGGGCGAGAUCCUCGUAGCCAACGAUGCCCAGAACCAAGACCUGUUGCGGGCCAUCCGAGGCGGCGGGCCAGGUCUGUACGGCAUCAUGGUCGAGUAUGUGUUGCGGACUGUGCCUCUUCCUAACAAUGUGGUGAUGAGCACUCUCUCCAUGUCCAUCAUCCAGAACCAAACGGCUGCGGCCGCUCAAGGCUCGUGGACUGCGUUUGGCACCUUCGUAAGCUCAGUCCCGGAUCUAAUGGAUGCUGGCAUAACAGGAUACGGUUUUGGGGUAGCACAAGAGAACAUGGGCAUCGAGCUGGCCAUGACACUCUGGAGCUACAACACCACCGCGGCCGCAUUUAAACCACUCCUGGAAUCUGCGCGACAAACCAUGCUUGCCGACGUUGCAAGCCAGACUAUAUUAGUCGUAGUCUUGGAACCUACCGUGCUGCCAACAUACCUGUCCCUCUUUGACGUUCUGAACCCGUCUCGCAACCGCUGUGGAGACAUCAGCCUGACCUCUAGCCGCCUGCUAGGCCGCCGUCACCUGUCGGACAUUCCUUUGGACGAAUUACGAACCCACCUCCAAAAGAUAUCAAAAGCUCAGGUCGAGGGGCGACAGACCAGACUGGUCUUGGGCCUCCAAGGUGGUCUGGGGCCCAGAAGUGUCCAGAACGAGAUGCGAGGCGCCCUGAGCCCGGCAUGGCGAAGGGCCUACCUACACCUCAUGGCCACCGGAGUCGAUAUUAACACUAGGGCAUUGUUGCCUCAAAAUGCCCUCGCCGCCGCCGCCGCGUUGGCAGAGGGGAACAAGGAAGCUGUCUGGCGAGAGUGGGCGCCAGACACGGGUGCAUACAUCAAUGAGGCCAACCCAUUCGCAAGAAAUUUCCAGCAGGACUUCUAUGGGGGCAACUGUGAGCGUCUGGUUCAGAUCAAGGAGAAGUAUGACCCCACCGCCAGCUUAUAUGCGCUUUCAGGUAUUGGAAGCCAUGAUUGGGACUAUAACCUGGAUAGUGGACUUCUCUGUCGUGUAUGA